UCCAUCGUCUGAGCGCUGCGGACGACGGACCCUCCAGUUCUUGGGGGUAGGGCUAACUAUCUUGCUCCGUACCCAAUUAUGACGGUGGCAUUUGCAGAGCACAGUGAAAGCACUUGCUCUUUGUUUCAAAGCUCUUUGUUUCAAACUUAUAUAGCAUUGUUAUAUGGGUUCUGUGUUUACAGGAAAUACCGAAAAUUACACCCUCUCACGCGGCUCUGAUGUUUAGACUAUGUGGAUCUAACGAUCUUCCCUCUGAAUCAGUCUCCUUUGUAUAUUCCUUCCUAUUUACCGUGCCAAAUGCGGAACCAGACCCCGAUCCCGAGCGUAUGUGCGAGUGGAAAAAAUCAGUACAACGGAUGAACAUUUAUUCAGGUGCAUUCUGUUGCAAAUCCGAGCACGCUGGAAACAUGAGACUAGGACAACGGACACGCCCGUACGUGUAAGCACCGGGGUCACGCGCACAUGCAGUUAGGCCGCCUAUAUCGAGUGUACACAUCACACAGACGUUUGCAAGAGACUUGAUUAUCCGGGUGACUGUGAGUUGUCUUUACAACGAAACUUCGAAAGUUAGAUUUUGCGAUGGAGCCGAAGACAAAUCUUUACGUUUGUGUCGCCCUCUGUCUUUUGCUGCUGACUCUCCCUGCAUCAGAUGCGUACGCACGCCGUAGGCGUCGAAGGAGUGUACCUGUCGUUCGGAAGACUGAAGAUUCGCAACCGCCGGUCUUGGUGAAGGGAACUUGUCCCUCCACUAUGACUGUGUACGUCGACUCUCCAUCAUCGAAAAAGAUUGUCCAGUGGUCUAAACCACGAGCAAGUGACAAAAGCCCACCGGUCAGUGUGAGCAGAGAAGAUGGCGGGCCGCUCAAUGGCGGCUACUUCAAUGCCUCCAGUUCUCCUUAUCACGUCAAGUAUUCGGCCACAGAUGCCGUUGGUAACAAACGGAUCCCCAUUUGCUCAUUCACUGUCAACGUUAAGGUUGAGGAUAAGAAGCCACCCAAGUAGAGCGACAUCAAUGCCCAGCCUGUCUGCAUGUCAACGGUUGUUACUUGGAGCAGAGUGUACACUAUCCGAGUCGAAACAUUGCAGCAACAAAAUUCAGAUUAGACCAGUCGAUUUGCUUCUGAUUUACGUAAUACUUCAUGGUUAAGGUUUCCUACUAACGUCAUUGUAACUUACUAACACGCUUAAAAUAAGUUUCAACUUGAGAAGUACAAUGCUGAUUACUAAUGUUCGAGUAAGUAAAAGACACAGGUUAAAAAUACUCUGAUCAACAAACAGCGUACAUACAUGUCGGUUAUAAAAAUGGGUAUUUUGAUCGGGAAAGAAAACUAUGAAAUAUUUUAUGAGAAAUAGAUUUUCAAACAGGAGGAUAAUUUAGCAUUAACACUCUCGUACCCCCUUCUCUGCUCUUCAUUGAAGCCGAAUUCGGCCUUCAUUGCACAUUUAGAAUAAGGCAGUAGAGCUACUGACACCAAAGUCAAAAGCGCUGAUGGGAGGCAAGGGAGAAGCCACUGUCCUGCAGGAACUUUGUCUAAAAUGUGUUUAUGUGAAUGGGGUAAACCCUCAGGUCAUUUCGGUAAGCUAAUGCAUUUACUUAUUGUGAAAAGUGUAGAGUAAAUUUGAAAGAUUUUAUGGUCACAGACAACCCGUGGGGGCGCAUGACAAUGACAUGAGAAUAAACCCGGGAACGAGCUGGUUCAUACUCCACAGGUCAAUGAUCUGGAGAGACUAAAAGCUUCCUGACUCCACUUUGCUGGCUGUGUACAAAGUAUAUGGAGAGUUCAGUGCAAUUUCGAAGUAUUUUCUAAAAACAUUUGAAAUACUGUUCGGUCCCAGAUUCAUGUCUUUUCAAAUUUUUAGCAGUGACUGACCUCCAUCUUGUAUCACAACUUAUGAGGAGCUACAGAACUUCUUUUUUAUUUCCAAUUUUGGACUUGAUCUACGAGCCUAUCACGUCCAAAUUUGAAAAACAAGCUCAAAUGUCUCAGUCAGUGGGUCUCAUCAUAACUGGUGGCAGGAUUCUUUCCAAUGAUUUAUAUUCUGUCAGGUUUCGUAAUCGUUAUGAAAUCAAGUACUGUAAUGUUUGUUGCUGCAGUGAACAAACCACCAGUACAACUCAGGCCUAGACGUUUUACUGUACUGCCUCAUGCCAUGUUCCUAAGUAGUACAACCAGGUUGGCCUAAGGAGGCUUGAGACCCCCACCUGCUUGAGCAUCCUGAACUAUUCGGGGGAUGAAUUCUGGUCCAACCUCUCCCCCCGCCCAUGACAAAGCCUGGUUAAGCCACUGCAUUUAACUAUAUUUGUUGGCCAUUUCAGUUUGAAUUUAAAUGAGACCAAACAUAUGUAGCAUCACAGCAUACAACUUGUUUAGUAAAGGUUGCAGUGAUACAAUACUAAUCCAGCUCUCUGCAUGUUAUUGAAAAUUCUUUGAUGGACACCAGCAAAUAAAAGCUUUUUGCUUUGUGUUCCAGUUUCUGUUCGGAA